UUAUCACAUGCGCGCGGAGCUCCUCCAGUCGACGCCUGGGGACUGACAGGCUUACAGGCGCGUGCGGGUACAUGCGAAAGAAAAAGCAUAAUAUACCCUGCGUGCGCUCGUGCACGUUUGUUUGUGUGCGUGGAAAAAACCAAUGGGAUGAAGAGCUGAUAAUAGAUGCAAAUUAUCCCUGAAACCGACACACACAUGCUACAUACACACACAGGAGAGAAAGAGCGCGCGCGACAGAGAGAGAGAGAGAGAGAGAGAGGGGGAGAGAGAGAGGGAGAGAGAGAGAGGGGGGGAAAAUAUGAAACAACUCAUUUGCAGAGGAGUAAAUCACGGAAAACCCGUGUGAGAGCGCGACAGGGCUCCCGCUUACAGCGCUAACACCGGAAUUGUGAUGCGCACGAGCCCUUCCUCCUCUACUUCUUCGUCUUCUUCUCUUUCCUCUUCUUCGCUGGAGAUUUUAUGGAAUCGGUGUGAUCGUUGUUAUUGUUGUUGUGGUGGUUGUAGCUGUUACUGCUCUGGCUGGCUGCCGUUACCGUUACUCACACAACUCGUCUGUUGUGGCCGUGAAGGGAAACACCACAACAACGUUCACCGACACCGGCGGCAGACCUGCCUCACUCUCUCUCCCUCCCCUCUGUCUCUUUCUGUGUGUCGGUGUUUCUCUGCCUCAAACCGCACGAAGAGAAGCAGAAAAAAAGAAAACACAAUUGAAAGCCGCGGGUUGCUUCCUUCAGCCCCACUCUGACUCUGCCGAGCCGAGCAGAAACUGAAACAGCAAUAAACAACAACACAAAAGAUGAGUUCCUAUUUCGUCAACUCGCUCUUCUCCAAAUAUAAAAGCGGGGACUCGUUACGUCCGAACUACUACGAGUGCGGUUUUGCGCAGGACCUGGCCGGCAGCCGGCCCACCGUGGUCUACGGCCCGGGCUCCGGCGCAACCUUCCAGCACGCUCCGCAGAUCCAGGACUUCUACCACCACAGCGCUUCCACGCUGCCCAGCAACCCGUACCAGCAGAGCCCCUGCGCGGUCACAUGCCACGGCGAACCGGGCAACUUCUACGGAUACGACGCCCUGCAGCGACAGACGCUUUUCGGGACCCAGGACGCGGAUCUGGUCCAGUACAGCGACUGUAAGCUGGGAGGCGCGCCGGGGCUCAGCGGCGAGGACGCGGAGGGAACCGAGCAGAGCCCCUCACCAACGCAGCUGUUCCCCUGGAUGAGGCCGCAAGUAGCUGCUGGCAGGAGGCGGGGCCGGCAGACCUACAGCCGCUACCAGACCCUGGAACUGGAGAAGGAGUUCCUGUUCAACCCUUACCUGACCCGGAAACGCCGCAUUGAGGUGUCGCACGCACUGGCGCUAACGGAGCGCCAGGUGAAAAUCUGGUUCCAGAACCGGAGGAUGAAGUGGAAGAAGGAGAACAACAAGGACAAGUUCCCCAGCAGCAAGAGCGAGCAGGAGGCGGUGGAGAGGGAGAGGAGGGAGAAGGAGCUGCGAGAUGGCGGCGGAAGUGGAGGAGGAGGUGGAGAAGGCGGUGGUGGUGGAGGAGGAGGCUCGGUGGCGGUGGCGGGCACGGUGGGGUCACAGGCCUCGAUGAAUGAGGACUGCUGCGAGAAAACCCACAAGCAAAUGUAGGGAGGAAAGCGGUGAAAUUAAGGGGGAAUAAGAAGAAGAAGGUAGAUAGAUAGGGGGACGAGGAGGCUGUAAAUGUUGGACAUGAUGGGGUGAGGGUGGGUGAGGGUGGGUGCGGGGCUGUUUUUGUCUUAAUUGAGGUGAAUGGACUGCCCCGCUGUCUCCACGAUUCAAUCGAUCGAAAGGAACUUGAGUCUCCAAAAUGGCACUGGCAAGCUGGACAGACUGGAGGGGCCUCGCGCCUCUGUCUGCUGACUGUAGAAACCGCGGGAAGAAAAAAAUGAGGCAAUGAAGCAAGAAAGUGAACUUUAAAAAAAUACAAUUGAUGAGGGCGGGGGUGGAUUAAUCCAAGUCAAACAGACAUAGUCUACUCUAGUGUUUAAAACAAACAAAAAAAAAAGAAAGAAAAAUGAUAGCUUCCUUUAUUUGUGGAACAAUUAUCGUGGAAACAUUUCUAUAUUGUUAGAAGUUUAUCAUUAACAAUUUUAUCUUUGGCAGCUGUAUAGUUUUUAAGUUAAAAAAUGAUGAUGGUGCACUUUUUACUGUACUUCUCACUUCUAUGUUGUUGUUGUUAUGGCAAUGAUUGAUGACGAUGAUGAUGAUGACGUAGCAAUUAAUGAAAUUUCCAACAACAUGAAACUGCCUAUUUAUGCCGUUUUAGUAGGUAGGGUAUCUUUUUUACACACUCUAAUUGUCGUUUCUCGUUUUAGUUCGUUUUUUGAUCAAUGGUGUUUGUUUUAUGUUGUCUUCCUUUUCUCUUUUUGGGUAAAAAGCAUGCGCACAGUGCAGAUAAAAAAGAGAACAUUCAUAAAAAUAAAAACGUAAUAAAAAUGUUGCGUUCCGCAUAUGAUGUGAAGCAGAGUUCUGUUGUGAGUCAAUGAUGACUAUGAGGAUUGACCUUAUUGUUGUACUGUUUAACUUUUGUUUCACUCAAAUUUCAAUUAAGAAGAAGUUAUAAGUAAGAAGUAGCAUAUUAGCUGAGAGUGGGGAAGAAAGGAAGGAAGGAAGGAAGAAAUGUUAUAGGCCUACCCUUUUUAGCCCGUAUAUGCAGUUUUUUUUAAAACCGCUAAAAAUAUGCGAUUAUCAUAUCAUUUCCCACUACCAAUUAACGAGUUGCCUUUUCUGUGGGGGGGUCUGUGUUACGUUCGACGUCACGAACGCACUAACAGGGUUAGUAAACAGUAGAAAGCAGCAUGGAGGCUAGUGACAAUGUUAAGGUGAUUGUGGUGUGUAGCCCAUAGACUAUAAAAAUAAGGUGUGGCCGCGGCGUUUUGUUUCUGGUUUAACAUCACCGUGCUGGGCAGGUGACAGGUGUGUUUACGGUGUUUGUGUGCUCUGAAAGUCAUCACAGCUGAGUGACUGUUUGCCUAGCAUGCUAAUACUAGCUACAUAAACAUAUGGAUGAGUCCCGCCGGAAAAUGGGCGAAGAUUAGCGUGUCCACCGGCUGUCAUGUUUCCAUCAAUGCCGGUCGGAGCUGGAGCCAACAAAUACCCGUGACUUCUUUAAUCGUCCAGUGUAAAGAGAAGUUGCUUUCCUCUUUCCUUUCCCCUUCUUUGUACCCCCCCUCAUUUCCGCUUUCACCGCCUCCUUUCACUUAUAUCAUUCCCUUCCUCCGUCUCUCUCUCUUCUCUCUGUAGGCUACACUCUGUCAGCACCCAGACUGAUAAAACCGUUCAGUUCAUAAGGCCAGACAUUUAAGCCUCGAGUAGGAAAUCUCCUCUUAAAAAACAGACACAAUCUACAUCCUAUCCAAACAUCACUUUAUUUAUGGCCCUGGUUCUCUACCUCCACUCACAUUAUUACAGGUCUCUAUAUUCACCAUUACACUGCCUUCCAUCAUCAUCACGAUGAAGAAUUGAAGUAGGAUUGUUUCCAUAUGAGAAGAUCAAACACAAUGAGCGUUCAUAUUUACACAUGCAUAUAUAUCUCCAUAUACUGGACGUACGCUUGUUAUUCAGACGUUAGGGCACCAAAAUAUUUGUCUGAUCAGGUUUACAGACAUUAACGGGGAAACAGCUGGAGUGCACGUUUUGUCUCACGUGGAAAGCUGCGAUAAGAAGUCAAACACAGCUGAAGGGGUGUGAGGGUCAUUCAGACACACAGACAGGCUGCAGAGUCCACAUACACCCCAACUGUCUCCACCAAGUGAAACCAAUCAUCAGUGAAUGAAAUGAGCAUCUCUCAGCGCAGAGCCGGUUUGACAGUCAGAUAAAAGGGUUUCUGAAUCCAGUUUUCAAAAUAAGAGUGCACAAUAAUGCAAUUCGGUUGCAUUUUUAGAAGCAUUAAUGGACAUCUUUGAUUGUCUAAAGUUAAAGGGGCAAUACAACAAUGUAGUUUUGCAGUUCCAUAAAGCUGGAGGAAUCACCACAGACAUAUUUAAAGAAAGAAUGGUUUUAAUCAAAGCAAUAAAGCUCAGGAUAUCCUGACGUUUGGUCCUAAGUAUGGGUCAAGUUCCAAAAACACUGGAAUCUGGACUGGCUGGAAGCACAAACCUUGAAAACUCUGAUGACAUCAUCAUUGUGGAUUAAACAAACAAACCUUCUCUUUCUAAUCCAUUAAUUGUCCCACAUUCUUCCUUCUUCUUAGAAAAAAAUCACUGGAUCUUUACACACGCAUAACUCCUCUUUGGCCUGUUAAACAUUACACUCAACAUAGAGAUUUUAUCCUGCUGAACUCAGUGCUGCGUGGCGAGGAAAGGUCAACUUCACCUCACGGAUACGAAACUAAGCACAAAGCCGAGCACCUGCACGCCAGGUGAGUUUCCUCUGCCGUAGGGUGGGGGGAUCCAGUGCCAGGGACCAGAACUAAUCAGACCUGAACUCAAAGGCGGAGGUGAUUUAUCUUGAAUGGCCUGGAGAGAGGAGACACACUGGCACAUAUAGCCUACCAUCAGUUAGUUAUACUCUUCUUGUUCUUCUUCUUCUUUUCUUGUAGGAAUUUAUAUUGGAUGGGUUUAUUCUCUGAAACAUCCAACAUCAACCCUCGCUUGCUUCCAACACCCACUCAGGUUUCUGGUUUUGUUUUGCUAACUAUAGCCCUAAUAUUUCAAGAACCAUGACAGUGGUAAGAAAUAGUAACCUGUAAUUCUAUGUUUUGAUUAUUAGUUGAAUUAAAGUGGUCUCUUGUAGCCGCAGCAGCUACAAUCUUUCGUUGUGAGCGUUAUUGCAGAAUGAUUUUCAAAGUGACAUGCUUGACUGCUUCCAUAAACGUCCUUCUGUAAUGUUGUUUACAUGGUGUGACUUCAUCUCUUACUCUGCCUGCAGUGACCAUUCAGCAGCGGUACACUGUAUGCUGGGAGUAAACAGCAGCCAGUUUUGUUCUGCUGUGUGGGACCCUCUCUUCUGCAUGUGUGGUCUCUACAAAGUAUGAGUUGGGAUAAGACGACGUUCAUAGACAACAGGGGAAAUCUGUCUCCUCUUUUAGUCUUCUCGGCAACUUUUUGCACGUGCUUAGAGCCAUUGCAUUCGAAGUCCAAUCAAUAUCCCAUCUAAUGGUGUUUUCCACUUUUUGCACACGGCUUAAACAGCUUCCAAACCAGUUAGCAGGACAGUAAAGAUUUACGUUUGAGCGCGAUGUUUGUCAGCCUCAGCCGUUUUGUUUUCCAGCUCUAUAAACGCUCGGUGAUUAGUGGAUACGCUGCUGCAUAAUGAUUGUAUUAUUGUAUUGUAUAUUGUAUGCUCUGGGUGUGUGUGUGAGUGUGUGUGUUGCAGCAGUCACUCCCAGUGUGUUGCAGCUAAUGUCUUCCAUUGUAAUAUUGUAUCUGGAGGGAAACCCAGUCGGCCAUUGGGCAUCUUGACAUCACAUGGACCCGAGGUCACGUGGUCCACGAGGCAAUGGGAGGAGAAAAGUGGGGUGGGGUGAUUUUUUUUGUUGGUGUAAAUCUGGACAGUAAUACCCCGCCAAUAAUUCACUGUAUCUCGUAAAAAGUCGACAUUAAAGCGCCCAGGCCUACAAAUCACCUGCGCCAAAUUACGAGUUCGCUCGUCAACGCGCUGUUUUCCAAAUACCAACAGGCCGCUAUGAGCUGCUCCGCUCUGCUCUUCACAGACUCUCCAACUUCUGCCUUCCCAGCUUCCUCUGCUGCUAGCGUGUCUUCUUCGUGUGCCCUUGUGUCCAGCAGAGAUCCCCUCCAUGUCUCCAGUGGGAGAGGCAACGGAAGGCUCCCUGUACCUCCCUUCUCCUCUUCUUCAUCAUCAUCGUUCUGUUUGUCUCUUUCGGGACUGAACCGGAGCAGCGGGAGUACUCAGCCCGGUGAGCAUCCUUUCAAUCCCGCUGAAAUGCGCACAGGAGGGGCUUAUUGCGCUCUGGGAACCGGGCUGCUGUGCCCCUCCUUGCAGGGAUGCGCCGCGGAGCGGCUCCCAGGUCGGGCUCACUUCUGCUCGCUGGCCACCAGGCUCCCAGCCUGCAGGAGGCAGAGUAGCCUGGAGCAGCAGCAGCGGCAGUUAAACGAGGAAGGGCUACGGAUUUACCCCUGGAUGAGAAGGUCAGGUGCCGACAGAAGGCGCGGACGACCGGUACCUCACACGGCGGCAACGGAUCGAGAUUGCGCACGCGCUCUUCCUCACGGAGCGGCAGAUCAAGAUCUGGUUCCAAAACCGGAGGAUGAAGUGGAAGAAGGAGAACAGAGUGACCGGGAGUGGCUUCCCAACAGCAGCUUUACAGACUGCUGAAGAAGAAGAGGAAGAUGAUGAUGAGGAGUGAUAAUAAUGACUCUACGGGACACAUAAAAUAAAACGUGACCUUUGGCUUUCGUCCUCCAGUAAACAACUGCCAGUAUGAGUCGGGAAAUGACAAUAGGGAGUAAAAUCAGGGUUCUGCUUUAAAGAAAUAUCAGAUUUUUCAGAAGUAAAACUGAAAUUAAAUUCAUGCUAAUAUAAAGUGUGGGACCCAUUUCUGUAAUACACCACAGGAAAGGCUUGUGGUCUCGUUCAGGCCUGGAUAUUAAUAUAGAAUCAUUAUGUUGUGAGAUCACCUCACUCAUCUGAUCUACAGCAGAAAGGGACAAAAUAGUUGUAAAUAUCACUGAAACAGCAGCAGUUAGAGUUUAUGCAGAUACAAAGCUUAUUGUUAGUGUUUAUAAUUCCUACAGAGCAAAGUAAGUGACACAGGGGUGAAAGAGAUUAUUAGCUAUGUGUUAUGCUAUUAGAAUAUUAGACUUAAUAUUAGACUUAGUGGAGAAUGCUACUUUUUUUUGCCUAAAAACAUUUUUUUAAACUUUUAGUCUAAUCAGAAUCAGCCUGAAAAAAUCUAACAUGUUUAAUAUCACUGAGGAUAUGACCUUGGUGUCAUCAAUGUUAUCUACAACCCUAACUGUCAGUUUGCACUUGUCCUGUUCCUACGUGAUUAUAUUACAAUUAUAAAGCUGCUAAGACACACAUGGUAUACAGAAAGUACAGAGUUAAAUUCUGAGAUACCUAAUAUAAUAAUUAACAUCAAUAUACUCAUCGUUUAUACAAUUAGAUGCAAGUAGCCCUACUAAACAACUGUGAAGUGAUUUUCAAUUAAAUAAUAACUUAAAAACAUAAAAAUGCCUUUCCACAUGAAAUUAAAAGGGAUAUCAGAAGAUCGGCCAAUGAUUUUUGGUCUGCAUGUAUUUGUGUUUAUACAUGCGUCUUCUGGAGAUUAGCUAUUUCCUGGAUUAAAAAUGAUUGAAGGCUUUAUUAUUUGUUGUUGUUUUCUGUAUUUGUGCCAGGAUUUUCAUGUUAUGUGAGCUGUACAUGUUCAGAAUAAAAUGCCCUUUAUUUUCUUGUAUGUAACUAAUAAAACACUUUAACUGCAA